AUGCCAUUCUCAAAAAAAGAUAGAGAGGGGUUUCGACAAAAAGUCCGCCGGCACUACGAUCAACUUCAAAGUAGAUCCCGAGAUUCUUCGAAAUACACACAAGCAGAACAGCUUUUACCAACCAAAGCUCCAACUUCUCCUUUAGCAACUGCUAACUCACUGCCCAUUGUUCAAACAAGUCAUCAGACCAGACAGUCGACCGAUACUGAGGACAACUCAGCCUCGGGUAAUAUCUGCAACAGUCUUGAACAAGACGUCACGGCCGAUCAGUUGUCACUUCAAGAUGACAUUGUCAAUGCGUCUUCUGAUGUUUGGAGUGCCGCAUAUCGUGAAGCAGUUGAAAGUCUUGGAGAAGAAAAGACCAUUGCUCUUCAUGGAAAAAAUGCCGAACAGCUAUUCAAGGAACUAGAAGAGAUUGAGCAGGAAGCAACUCGCGAAUCUGCUUUUUUGAGGGGCGUGCGACAUCUACAAGGGCUGAAAGGGCCCUUUGGAACUUUCAAGCUAGCAUUAGAUCUAACGAGCCCACUGGCAGACCUCGAACCGAUUGCAUCUACUGUUUUCGGUGUAGUCAGAAGUGUAACAGCGAUUGCUAUUACGUUUGCGAACGCUAAUACAAACUUCGCGAAGCAAAUUGCGGAGAUGUUACAAGGGAUAUCUUAUAUCGACGAGUGUGAUACUUUAGGCCGGAAAGUGGACAGGAAAGACAUUCACAAGGCACUUGUACUUGUGUACCAAAAGAUACUUGAAUUCUAUGACGCCGCCCUUGACAUAUUAGCCAAAAAAGGCGCAAAAAGGGUUUACAUGGUGAUCUCGGAGAGCGACCGCCUUCCAAAUAUUAUCAAAGAGUUUUUGACGAGUACCGAUCAACUUCAUCGGGUUAUACAGAAAGCGACACUAGAUAUUGUGGGGAAUAUCGAGUGCAUGAUUCAUCUGCAGCAAUUCAAGGAAUGGCUGGGAAAGGAGCUCGGCCAGCAAUAUCUAUUCCGCGAUGAAUGGAGCAAAGAACGAGAUGAUCGUGCUUGCGAAUUCUUGCUAAAAAACCCCAAUUUUAUCAAUUGGUACAAUAAGUCAGAGUCUCUGCAGUUGGUGAUUCUCGGUGAUAUGGGCCAUGGAAAAUCCUUCGCAAUGGCAUUUCUUGCUCAUACGUUGAGCCAAAGAAACAAAGAUCGACUAUUUCGGCCCGUACUAUGCCAGUACUAUUGUCGGGAUGAGAAGACAGGGCAGGCUGUCUCUAUAUACUGUGGUAUUCUUCUUUCGCUCCUUGAUCAACUCGAAGGCCUGCGGAAGCCAUUUUUCGAACGAUAUAAAGAAGCUCAAGGUUAUCAUUCUGAUCCGGCGUCAAGCACCAACACGAUGGAAGACCUUUUGCAAAACAUGCUAGAAUCGAUUGACCGCCCCGUCAUCUUCGUGAUUGAUGGUUUAGAUGAGUGUGAUAGAAAAUCUCGACACAGACUUCUCGAAUUUCUGAAGACUGCAUCGCAAUCAAGUUCAGGGCUCAAAAUCAUUCUGUCAGCUCGUCCCCAACCAGAAAUCUUGGAACAGCUAAACGGUGUGGCCAGAAUUGAAAUGGGUACUGAUCCUGAGCGAGAUCUCAUUAUCAUUGAGAAAAAGCUUGAACACCUGUCAUAUCUAUCACCAGAUAUCAAGGGGCUUGUCAAAGAAAAGCUGUCUGAACGAGCGCAAGGAAGCGCCAUAUGGAUACGGAUGAUUACGAAGCUCAUUGAAUGUCGUAACAUUACUGCACUUGGUAAGAUGGAAACUUUCUUGAAAGAGAUGCCUUUGCCUGAAGAUCUCUCGAAGCUCUACGACAAGUUGCUGUCACGUUAUACUUCAAAUGAUCAUGAGAACCAGCUUGUUGCUAUCACUGCUCUGAAACUUAUCGCUGUCAGUCACAGACCCUUGAGCAUACCGGAAGUAGCUUGGGCAGUGGAAUUGAGCCUGGCUCAGAAUAUCACAAGUGUGGACGCUCUUGCUAAUAUGGUGGACCAUCAAAGAGUCAUUUUUCUUAUUAACCCUUUCAUUGCUUCUCCCAACUACGUUGAAGUAAAUAAGCCUCAAGUUCAACUCAUACACCAAUCUGUGAAGGAGUGGAUCUCCGAACAGCCAAUUCCGAAGAGUUCAGCCUCGAAGAAAUCUGAUCAAACAGAUCAUGUUUUCCAAAACCCGGACGCAUUUUUGCUAGAUAUUUGUAUCAAAUAUCUGCUCUUGGAUGAUUUUGGCGAUAGGGACUUGUUCUCUUCGGAACAAGCAGCAUUUGCAGAAUUACCCCAGUUUCCUGGGUCAUUCAGCGAUGACGAAGACGCUGUCGAGUAUGAUCCAAAGUGCACGUGGGAAUCUUGGGAAGAUGAUAUGGCUCGGUUCGACCCAGUCGACCGUGGCUUUGGCGAAUUCUUCGUCUACGCAUCAUGCCACUGGGUAGACCAUUUUGGCACUAUCACAGCGGCACCUCUUCCAAGCCUUUCAAGCAUCGAAACUAUGUGUCAAGCGGGAUCUACUCGACUUCGCAAUUGGAUUCAACAAAAUAGUCGCCCGGGCUGCACGAUGUUGCAAAGGUUUGAAUUUGAUAGCAAUCUGUACGACCCACUAAGCAUCACCUCGAUGUAUGGCUCAGAAGCCAUGUUACUCCAUAUGCUUGGAAAUUUAAGAAUUGAUAACGGCAAUUAUCUUGAAGGGUCACCUAUGAGGGCCGCGGAUCAAAUUCUCCAGUGGGGUGACGUGUCAAGAAUCAGAUUACUAUUUUUGGAUGGUCAAGCCGGUCGUCAGCUUCAAUGUCUUGACCUUUUCCGGCUUAUCAUCAAAAGAUGGGACAAAGCCCGCCGUUUUACUAAUCCAUGGUACAAAGAACGGCAAGACUGGGAUGUCGUAUUUGACCUCGUCGAGAGUGUGUCAGAGAAGAUGGUUGCGGAGCAUUGGGGUAACGAACUAUUGUGCUUAGCUGCUGGUGAAGGCUGUAUGCCCAUGGUACAGCGUUUGAUGACUCGUGCUCGGUACAAAGGAGAGCUAAGGAAUGAAUUGCUCCGUGGAACCCAGAUUCCAGAAAAACAAUCAUCAUUUGAUAAGCCAACGCAUCAAUCCAUCGGACUGGCUGUUUUGGGAAACCACGUUAGCAUUGUCGAAUACCUACUGGGAGAAAAUGACAUUGAAGCACAUCUUCAAUACCGAAACUCCCGGUGUGAGAACGUUCUGCACCUUGCAUCAAGAAUCUGCAAUCCAGAAAUGUUCCAUCUUUUGGUCCCCCGGUUCCAGGAAGGUAUCGAUGCAGAAGAUGAUCAAGGAGAUACACCCCUAGUGCAGAUUGUCAUGAGUCCUUUGACUUCGCGGUAUGAGUCAGCGAUUGUAUUUCUCUUGCAAUGCAGCACCGACUGGGACAGCCAUCCUUUGGAUUGGCAAUGGGAUGCCUUACGGGCAGCUGUAACACGUCGUGAUCUAGAUAUGUGUUGCAUAUUGAUCUGGAUAGGCAACAUCAAUCCAUUUUCAAACCUGGCUGAUGUCAAUGAAGACCGAACGGAUUUGAAAGAUAGAGGCCCUGCUAACGACGAAGUUUUGCUGGGUACUUUGGUUAAUCUUCUUGUUUCGGAGCCCGAGGGUCAUUUAGCGGGUUCUCUUAGCUCUGUGGAAGAGUCUCUUCAAAAUCUAGCCGAGAAACAUUACACUAGGCGUUUCGGGCUAAACUAUUCCAAAGUCGCGAGGGACUUGUUGCAGCUGAAAUGUCUCGUCAUGUUUGUUAGCAGCAUCGCCUCAGAUUAUGUCUAA